AGAAAAGCAGAUAUAGGAGCAUAAAGGAUUUCAUUAGGGUCUUUAUUCUGAUCGAUUCCCAUCCUUUAUCCUCAUAAAGUAAAAUCGUUCAUUGUCUUUGACGCCUUUCAUCCGAAACAUCAAUUUCUUGCCGUGAGUAGGUUUCAAUACCCUUACUUCCUCCCUUCAAAACCACAAAAUCCUCUUUCUAUUGUUUCUCAGUGCCGUUCGUUUCUUGGGUUUCUCCGAACUCUCCCACUUUACAUGAACUGGGGAGUAUGAAAGGGGAGGGCAUGGCGAAGAGAUCAAUAGGAAGUUUAAUGCGGAAGAAGCUGUCUGAUAUUACGAAUUCGCAGCCCCAGCCUCAACUUCCCAAUAUUGAAGAAAAUUUGCCUGAGAAUCUCCCCGCCAACAAGGAUUGCAUCGAGCAAUUGCUGAAGGAAAGAGUGACGCUGUUGCAACUCCUUGCGGAAAGAAAUAAAAUUAUCGAAUUGACUGGAUCUGAGCUGCAGAGACUGCGAACUAAUAUUCAGAAACUCCAGCUACAGAAUUGGAAUCUUGCUCAGUCAAACACACAUAUGCUAGCGGAGCUUAAUUUAGGAAGGGAAAGGAUUAAAGCACUGCAGCAUGACAUUGUAUGUAGAGCUGCCUUGCUGAAAGGAAUGAACUUUGGAGUGGAGGGUAAAGUGGAAGCGAGGGAUGAAGAUAAUAUACCAUUGUCUCAGGAAGUGGAGGAAAAAACAGCACGGCCAUCGCCUAGAGCUAGCAAUGAAGGGAAAAACAGCAGCCGAAACAGAAGACGAAACACGAGGAGAUCCACUGGUUCUUCUUCUACUACUUCUACGAGGGAUGCAUGCAAAAAGAAGUCCGAAGACAAAAGGCCAAGUUCGCGAAGGCAUUCUGCCAAAGUCACAACACAUGAACGCGAAGCAUUGGAGGAUUUGUUCGAGAUAGAAGAUGCUAAAUAUGCUGUCACUGGAGAAAACUCUGGCUUAGGACACCAAGGUCCAAGAUCUUCAUUCGGAAGACCAUCGCGAAAAGCAGCUGAAAAGGUUCAAUCUUACAAGGAGAUUCCUCUAAAUGUCAAGAUGCGUCGUCUUGAAUAAUAACUCAAAUCAACUCACACGUACAGAGAAGUCGGAAUUAUAUUCUUCAAGUGUGUACUCUGUUUUUAUGAUCAUUCAUUUGAAUAUUCUCGCUAUUUUGUGUCAAAUAUUUGGGCCGUCCAUGUAUGUGGGUUCCGGGUGGUGUUGUCUCGAACUUGAUUUUGGUGUACAUGUUAUGUUAAGGUAUUGGAGCUGGGCUUUAAACAAA